AGCAUCGAAUGUUCGGGCGCCUCACCUCGGCACCCUCAGAUCUUGGAUCUCCCUUGCUCAGAGGCUAGCAGGCACUAGUGCAGCACGAACACGUACGAUGACAUUUUUUACAUCUUCUGAAUCCGAGAAUCCGGUACGGCAUCACACAGCAGAAGACUGACUGACUCACUGACUCGGCCUGAGAUUGCUGCUCGCGAUGCCCCGACGGUGGAGGGCAGCAGCAUUCGAUGGAGUUUGUGCCUCCUCUUUGCCCGACUGCAAAGCCUUAAAGACGACCCAAGAGCCAAAUGCUCGGAAAGGCUCCUCCCACCUCUGUUCCCUCAGAUCAUUCCCUUUCGAACGAGCACACCCGUCAGCCUCGUCACUGCCCCUCUCCGCCGUGCGUACUUGAAGCGCGUCAAGAUGGACGUCUCGCAAGGUAUCACCCCGCCCAUCUCCCAGGGAUGGGCGUACGGUAUCCUCCUCGGUGUCGGUCUGGCCUUCGCCGUGGGCAUGUACUUCAUCACUAGGCUUCUGAAGAAGUACAACGGUGAAGACAAUUCCAAAUUUGAGACCUACGCUACAGCCGGUCGUACCAUUGGCUUGGGAUUGACAGCAACAGCUGUGGUCUCAUCAUGGGCGUGGUCCACGGCUCUGCUAUCUUCCUCUGUUGUCAUGUACACUUACGGUGUCCAAGGUUCCUUCAUGUUCGCUGCUGGAUGUCUCGUCCAGAUCAGCUUUUUUGCUCUACUCGCCAUCCAAUCCAAGAGGAGGACACCUCAUGCUCACACCAUGCUCGAGAUCGUAAAGGCUCGAUACGGAACUACGGCGCACUUGAUCUACAUGGUGUUGGCGCUCAUCACCAACCUCAUCGCAUCCAUCAACAUGUUCCUCGGUGCGAGUGCCACCAUCAGCGCUCUUACAGGUCAAGCCAUCGAAGCUGCCAUCUUUCUGCUUCCCGUCGGAGUGGUGGGCUACACGUUGAGCGGUGGCCUCAAGGCUACCUUCAUCACCGACUACGCCCACACCGUGCCUCUCCUCAUCAUUUGCAUCUAUCUGUCCGUCAAGGCCAUCACCAACCCCGCCGUCGGUGGUCUGGACACAAUCUGGCGCAACGUCACCGCGCUGGCCGAGAGUUCGCCCGUCGAAGGUAACUACAACGGAUCCUACCUCACCAUGAAGAGUCAGAUGGGCAUCGCAUUCGGAGCUGUCCACACCUUGGGAAACUUUGGUCUGGUCAUCAUGGACUCGUCUUACUGGCAAAAAGCCUUCUCGGCCUCUGUCGCUGCAGCUACGCCCGGCUACAUCCUUGGAGGCAUCCUCUACUUUGGAAUUCCUUGGUGCCUCGGCACCAUUGCGGGCGCGACCGCCCUCAGUCUGGGCAACAAUCCGAUCUGGCCAGCUGUCGGACGAAAGCUGACGGAUUCCGAGACCGCAAACGGUCUGCCUUUGGCGUACGUCGCUCUCGCCACAGCUGGCAAAGGUGGAGCGGUGGCGGUGGUCUGGCUCAUCUUCUUUGCCGUCACCAGCACCGUUUCUGCCCAACUGAUCGCAGUCUCAUCCAUCAUCAGCAGCGACGUCUAUCACACCUACGUCAACCCCAAGGCGACCGAAAAGAGCAUCAUCUUGGUCUCUCGCCUAGCGUGCAUUGGCUUUGCCCUCGUCGCUUGCGCAGUUUCCGUCGUCUUCUACCACAUUGGUCUAUCCCUCACCUGGACGCUGUACUUCUUGGGCGUCAUUGUCUGCCCCGGAUGCUUCACCACUGCCGGUACCGUCAUCUGGCGCAAACAGAGCAAGGUGGCAGCCAUCGCUGCGCCCCUGAUCGGUCUCGCCGCUGGUCUGGCUACUUGGAUCAGCACAGCUUACCACUACGGUGAUGGUAUUCUCAACGUCACCACCACCGGUGCGCUGAUCCCUUGCAUGUGGGGCAACAUUGUCUCCUUCUUUGUGCCAUGCAUCCUCGCCCCCAUUCUCAGCUACGCCUUCCCAGACAGCAACGCGUGGCAGUGGGAGAGGUUCAGCGACAUCAAGCUCAUUCGCGACGACGAUUCGAUCAACGAUUCGGAAAAGAACGAAGAGGGAGCUUUCACGGCUGCUCAAGAAGCUUACAUGAAGAAAAUGUCCAAGGUUGCAGCCUUCGCAGGCAUCUUCUUGUUCCUCGCCGUUUGGGUCGUCUGGCCAUUCGGCAUGUACGUCGAUUACACCUUCAGCUUGCCCUUCUUCAAGGGUUGGAUCACCGUCAGUCUCAUCUGGCUCUUCAUCACUCUGCUCGUCAUUGCUAUCCUGCCCGUGUACCAGGGAAGGCACACCAUCGCCUUUAUCGUCAAGAGCGUCCUCAAGGGAGAGGCUGCCGCGCGUUCUCAGCCAAACAGCAAAACGCAGCACGACACGCCUCAGCUCGAACAAGCAUCUUCGCCCUCUGGAACCCUCACCGACAGUCCGAAGCUCAAGACUGCAGAGUCUACAGCUUCCCCUCUGACCGAGGCGAAAGUGUAGACGACGUGUUUGCCUUGCUCAUCUGCCUUCGCAGAAGCAUCGUGCUACCAAAUGCCCUGCCCCCCAAAAUUGUCUGUUCUCCUCUCUCAACGACGCCUGUAACCUCUCUAGACGACCUGAUAUCAUCGACUGCUCUA